GCUGAUUCGCACGACUCGGUAACUAUUCCUUUGCUUCACUUUCCCUUUUCAGCCACUGUAACUUCCUGCCCCACUUCUCCCUUUUCAUUUUCUGUUACUUCCUCUCUUUUUUUCUUAAGAAAAACUUAAGAUACCCCUUAUUUUUCUUUAAAUCAUCAAACAUGUCCAGCGAACCAGAAGUACUUAUAUCCGUCGCCAACCACGUCGCAACAGUAACGCUUAACAGACCUCGCAAGGGAAAUGCCUUGACAGCAGGCAUGAACACAAUUCUUUUGGAUGCCUUACCCAAGCUUGCUGUCGAUCCUGACGUGCGCGUGCUUGUUCUAACGGGCUCGGGCAAAUUCUUUUGCACUGGCAUGGACUUGUCUGCCAACCGCGGGAGCGUCGAUCCGGAGCAAGUCAAGGGUGGAUUCUUCAAGGGCCGUCAAGUCUAUGACCUGCUCAACACAUUCCCCAAACCAGUGAUUGCCCGUAUCAAUGGUCCGGCACUCGGCGGUGGCGUCGGUCUCAUUUUUACAGCAGAUAUCCGUGUGGCUGUCGACAAUGCCUAUUUCGCCCUUACAGAAGUCAAGCGAGGCAUUAUCCCGGCCAUCAUAUCUCAAUUUAUAGUGCCCGAGCUGGGUAAGCACAAGACGCGCGAAUACAUGUUGACGGGCCGUCGGGUGCCUGCAUCUGAAGGUGCUGGUUCAUUCUUGACGGCCACCGUUUCAUCGCAGGACGAACUCGAUGCCAAGGUCAAAUCGUAUAUUGAAAUGUUGGUCGAUUCCGCACCAGAUGCAAUGGCGGAUAUCAAGAAGCUGAUUGAUAUGGUAGGAAGCGGCGGUGACAAGGAUCAGCAUGCUCGUGUCCAAAAAGGUGUCGAAGAUGCCUAUGUGAAAAUGAUGCAAUCAGAUGAAGCAGCAUAUGGCAUCAUGUCUUUCCUCAGCAAGCAAAAGCCAGACUGGAAUCAGUUUUUGAAGGACAAGGCAAAAUUGUAAAUAAUUUUUAUAGCAAUAAAACAAAUGCUGUCUUUUUCAAGAAGAGCGACUUUGGACUUUUC